GAUCAACAACAAACACAGAUUACAGAGUAGAUCAACAACCUGUUGUGAAGUUCGUGUAAUUAAAAAAAAAUUGGAUGAAAAACUUGGAAAAAUCGUGACCGUAAAACCGUUGCUAUAUAUGUCUAUCGUCAAUAAUUUCAAGUGAUCGUAAUAUAUUCGUACAACUUUCUAUUAUAAUUCAUUAUUUUGGAAACUAUAAACAUGAGAAUUUUUUUUGAAAAUUCAAGUAUAUUGGCUGAAAAAGUUAAAGCCGCUUUGGAAGGAAACGAUAUCAAUUUGGCAGUUUCUCUAUUAGAGGAUACUCAAAAUUAUGCUGCUGUGAAGACUGGUUCAUCUGAGCUCGUACCUGUUAUAGCAAAAUAUGUAUGCUCAGAGUAUGAAAGUGAAAAUAGUGACUUAUUCACUGCAUGUAGUAAAUUACUUGAGAAAGUUGUCGAAGUUGCUCUUGUCGAAGAUAUUUUAGUUCAACUUCUUGAGCUGGUUGAAAUAUCUGAUUCAACUAACUUGUCUAUUAUUUUAACGAAUGUGUUCAAAGUUCUUCGAAGAGCUCCCAGAGAAAAAACCAAGUUACUUGGGUGGUCUGUCAAUUCAAUACAAGUACGUCUAAAUAAGUGCACGAUUCCAGAAUAUGGUGUAACCUCAGUAAGGUCUGACAAUGAUGUUUUUUAUAUUGAAAUUCUUUAUCAAGAUGUUCUCCAUUUCUAUGAUUUGAUUAUUCCAUUUUAUUCAGAAUAUUUCCUGACAAAUGAAGAAUACAGAUUGAUUUUAAUCAAAUAUUUGAUUCAAUUAUUGGCUAAGCCAAUGGGAUAUUUGGAUUUAGGCCCACACAAUGAAAAAACUAAAUUGAGAAAAAUGGCUGAAAAUAUAGUAAGAAAAAUAUUGUCAAUUUGCAAUGAUCCUUUCACAUAUCUGAGCAUGGAUGAAGAAGAUUCACUCAACCCAACCAUAUUUGCAUAUGGUAUGUUUCUUCAUUUCUUGUUAGAUGAAAAUACUGAUUAUGCAUUAAUUCCCAGAGUUUAUACCAGCACUUAUAUAUUUCGUGCAUCUUUGAUUUAUAUCACGAAGCUCCUAAAAUCUUAUAGUAAUCUAGUCAUACUCAAAGGUUUUUGCACAUUAGAAAUGCUCUUCAACAGAACACCAAAAUUGUCUCAUUUGAUAUUAGAGAUUGAAGCUAAUGAAGGAUUGUGUGAGGUAAUGGAAAAAAUUGUAGUUUACAAUCAAUAUCAAGAAAUGCGGCAACGAGCUUUGGAUGUUUUCAAACUUUAUUUGCAUAAGUUUGUCCCUAAGGGCCAGUAUCUCCUUCUUACUAAUUUAAUUUUCAAGAUACAGCAUUCUGGUCUCUCAGGAUAUAUGAUAACACAAUAUAAAGAAAUUCUGUUUGAAAUGCAACAAAAACAGCAUCCAGAGGUCAGUAAUUUUGAAGGGGAUAAAAUGUAUAUUUUCAUAAAAAAAUGUUAUGGAACAAUUGAUUCUGAAGGGGCAUUUCAAUACGAUAAGAUAGUAUCUUUGUUAAAUCUUAUGAGAUUUGCAGUAGUCCAAGUUAAAACAGAAGAUUGUGAGAAAUUCAGAAGAGUUUCCAAUGCCUGGAGGGAACAGUUCUUCAAUCGUCUGGAAUCUUCUUUAGAAAAAUUAAAAAGAGUUAUAAGACAGAAAAUUUUCAAUGUUGAAAAUGAUAGUCCUGAACCUAAUUUUGAGUUUAGUUUGCAUUUUGAAGAUGCCGAAGAUAUUGAUUCUUUAUCUAAACCAAAAAAACUGGAAUCUCUUCAGUCUUCUCUAACUGAAAUUGAAAUGACAGAAAGUUUACUGAAGCGAGUUAUUGAAUUGCUAGAAGAAAAAAACUGUUAGAUGUGCAAUACUUCAUGAAGCAUAAUGUGAAUGUUUAUUGCAAUUAGAAAUGUUAGCGAAUGUUGAUGUUUGUUGGUGAAAAUUUUGAAAUGCUAUUUGUUUGUUUUAAUAUUGAAGUUUAUUUUUCCAUUGAAUUAUAAAUGGUUAAUAUGUGAGCUUGUUAACUGCCGAUACUGAAAAUAAAAAAAACAACUGGUUUUUGUA